AUAAAUCUCGUAUUAACCCUCCUAACAAAUACCCUGCUAUCUUCAUUACUUGUAAUUAUUGCAUUCUGACUCCCACAAACCAAUGUUUACUCAGAAAAAGCUAGCCCAUAUGAAUGUGGGUUUGACCCCAUGGGAUCAGCUCGCCUCCCUUUCUCUAUAAAGUUCUUCCUGGUCGCAAUUACAUUUCUACUCUUUGACCUAGAAAUUGCUCUACUCCUACCCCUACCAUGAGCCUCCCAAGCCAACGACCUAAAGACUAUACUUACAAUAUCUCUACUCCUCAUCUCCCUCCUGGCCAUCAGCCUAGCCUACGAAUGAUCCCAAAAAGGCCUAGAGUGAACCGAAUAA